UGUUGUACAGAGAGAUGAUUAAAGUAGUCAUGGAGCCGCUUGCUGCGGAAUAAAGCUGAGGCUGAAAUUGCUGUCAGCUGUCCUGAUCAUUGCAUCUCUCUCACUCUCUUUUAGAAGAAAGACUUUGAGGCUAAAUACUGUUGUUUUCCCAGCCUGAUUUCAUUCAUUUAUUUAUUUUUUCCCCACUGAUGAACAAUGGAGAAGCUGUCAGCAGAAAAUUCUGGUGACCCUCCUCUUUUUCCCUGCGGUAGAUCAUUGUUUUUGAUGCUGUUGUUGUGUAGGAGGGUAGGGACGGACCUCAUCUUUUUGGAUUUCUGCUAGAAAACGCCGAUAACAUUGGUGUUGUUGUUAUUUGUUAUUUUUUCCCGUUCCCAGCAGCAGAUGUUCGUGGUGCUGUCAUUCCACCGAUAUUAUGGUGAACAUCCCAGCACUUACACCUUACUGGCCUCUCAUCCGCUUUCUGGUGCCUCUGGCAAUUACAAAUAUAGCCAUCGACCUCGGGGAACAGGCUUUGAACAGGGGCAUAGCAGCAGUCAAAGAUGAUGCAGUGGAGAUGCUGGCCAGCUAUGGCCUGGCCUACUCGCUGAUGAAGUUCUUCACGGGGCCGAUGAGUGACUUCAAGAACGUGGGCCUGGUGUUUGUGAACAGCAAGCGGGACCGCACCAAGGCUGUGCUGUGCAUGGUUGCGGCUGGCACUGUGGCUGUGAUCUUCCACACGCUCAUAGCCUACACAGACCUGGGGUACUACAUCAUCAACAAGCUUCAUCAUGUGGAUGAUUCUGUGGGUAGUAAGACCAGAAAAGCUUUUCUUUACCUGGCUGCCUUCCCAUUACUGGAUGCAAUGGCCUGGACCCAUGCUGGCAUCCUUCUGAAACACAAAUACAGCUUGCUAGUGGGUUGUGCAUCCAUAUCUGAUGUCGUAGCUCAGAUCGUGUUCGUUGCCAUCCUGCUUCACAGUCACCUGGAGUGCAUAGAGCCGUUACUCAUCCCUAUCCUGUCUCUGUACAUGGGAGCACUGGUGCGUUUCACCAUCGUGGGCCUGGGAUACUACAGGAACAUUCACGAUAUCAUCCCUGACUCCAGUGGACCCGAAGUGGGGGGAGACGCCACGAUCAAAAAAAUGUUGAGCUUCUGGUGGCCCCUGGCCCUGAUUCUUGCCACCCAGCGUAUAAGUCGGCCGAUUGUCAAUCUGUUUGUCUCCCGAGAUCUCAAAGGUAGCUCAGCAGCCACUGAGGCAGUUGCGGUUCUGACUGCAACAUACCCUGUGGGUCACAUGCCUUAUGGCUGGCUGACUGAACUGAGAGCAGUCUAUCCUGCGUUUGACAAGAAUAAUCCGAGCAAUAAACUGACCAACAGUGGGACAACAGUGACCAAAUCACACAUCAAAAAGUUCACUUUUGUCUGUCUGGCGCUGUCGGCAACGUUGUGCUUUGUGGUUUUCUGGACCCCACACAUUUCAGAGAAGAUCUUGGUGGAUAUCAUCGGUGUUGACUACGCCUUUGCAGAACUUUGUGUGGCUCCACUGCGCAUUUUUUCUUUUUUUCCACUGCCAGUAACAAUCCGAGCACACCUCACUGGCUGGCUUAUGACCCUGAAGAAGACCUUCGUUUUGGCUCCCAGCUCUGUUCUGCGAAUUAUUGUCCUCAUCACCAGCCUCAUUGUGCUUCCUUACUUGGGGGUCCAUGGUGCCACACUAGGGGUGGGCUCUCUGCUGGCCGGUUUCCUUGGAGAAUCCACUAUGGUUGCAAUAGCUGCCUGCUAUGUGUAUAGAAAACAGAAAAAAAAUAAAGACCCUGACGACGAGGCAGCAGUCGAGGGGGAGGACUCUGCGCCGAUGAACGAAGUCGGGCCCAGGAGACAAAUGGAUGACAUGGUGGAGAUGAGGGAGGAGGACGAGUGAGGCGCUGGGCGGGGCUGUGGACUCAGGAGGCGGGGCCAGUCCUACUGUGUGGACAGGCUACACUUGCUGCUGCCCCCACCUGGUCUCCUAUUGCCAACAGUGCCACAGUCCGGACCAACUGUGGACCUCUGCCAUCUCCACAGUGUACAGAGAUCAUGUCCGUCAGGGGGUAAAGAGGGCCUUUGCUUGCCUGCAGCGGCUGCGUUUGGUAGCACAGGACCAUCACUCUCGGAAAGAGUCUUCCAGUCUUCACCGGGUUCCGCAAUCGCAGGACAGCAAAGGCGCCAUUUGUACCAAAGCAACACUGCGCAUUCGUAUUUUCUUCUCUCUGCUGAAUUUUGUGCUGCCGUCCUUUUCAUUCUUGAACUGCUACAAGACAAACCUUCAUCGCUUGGGGGGGGGGGACUUUCAUAUCUUGAAUGGACAAGAAAAUGAAAAAAAGAACUACACUGACGUCACCAUAUUGACAGCUUUCUUUUGCCAUUGAAUUUCUAAUUUGCAGCAAAGCUUUGGUCAAAAAUCAAAAUGCUUGGCUUUUAUACUGGCAGAGUUGUUAGAGUCACUGUAUCUACAGAUUUAUAUUGGAGUAUCAAAUAGAGGUAACUGUUUUUUGACGUGCGUGUGCAGGCUUGGUGCUUUAGUGCCAUUUAAGGGAAUUUUUAAAAAUAUAAUGGUGUUGGUGUACAAAUAUCGUUAGCAGUUUAUUUUGUAAUGGCGGCAUCCUGUAUAAAUGAAAUGGCAGGGGCUGGAACAGUAGUCUGUAGUCUGGUUGACUACUAAAGACUUUUUGCCAUACCUGUUGUUUCUUGAAUCUGGGAAUUCAUUUUUUUUAAAUCUCAGGACAGAUUUCCAGCUGUGGUUCAAGCUCUCAUCAUACACAGGCCCCAUUAACAAGUGAACGACAAGUAUUUAAAGGCACCUGAGCUUCUGUAGUUUACUGUAGUUGAUAACCCUUUAUCAGACAACUUUCUGGACCUUUGUGGUUCCAUUGAAAGUAGCUGAACCAUGAGUAAGAAGGGAGGGGAAAAAAAAAAUUCCUUUACUGAAAAAGAACAAAAUUUAAGUAUUCCUCAAUAAUUAAAGGGUGAUUUAAUGCUACAGAUUUGAUGUGGUCUUCAUUUUUUUAAAUAGUUUUACUUAGUGUUGAGGAUAAAACCAUUAGUAUCUUCCACUAACGCAACAGUCCUUUGUGAUCAUGUGUGAAACUGGAAAAAACUCUGAUAUCCAGAAACAUUUUUUGUCAACACGCACAGAUUAGAAUUUUUUUUUGUCAAAUCUACAAAUCAGUAGUUUUGCAGAAACAAAACUGUAAGCUCAAGCAGUGGUGGGUCGUAACUCAGGGUGCGUCAGCGAUUAUGAACUCAACUGGAGCAGAAGACAGGGGGGAGGCAGGACCUCCUGUUAACGAUGGUAUAACGAUUGCUUCUCUGUGUACGGAAAAAAGCCUUUUAUUGCAAAAGGAUUUUUUGGAAAGGGAACAGAAAAUGUACCUAUUCCCAAAAUACUCCCAAAUUACGGUCUCAUCUCCUCACAAGUGACUGCACUUACAGUGACUGCUACUGCUGUGGAGUGCUUGCAGAUGCUUGCAGGCUUAGUCUCACUAUUGACUUUGUAUGUUAAUAAAGGAUAAGGUUUUAAAUGCAAA